CUCUCCGCGGAGGCCGGGUUUCCUUCCAGCAGCCGCUGCUCGGCCUGGGGUGACCCGGCAGUCCUCGGCGGAGCACGAGUCCGGGAAGCUGUCGGACUCUCUCGGGGACGCCCCCGCGGCACGCUCCGCCCCGCCCCCAGCCGCCUAGGCGCGCUUUUAAAACAGGCACUGUUCUAUUUUUUGUUUCGCCGGGUCGCGGCCUCCCGGGGAGCUUUGUUCUCCUGUCUUAAAGCUGCGGCCCCUCGCGCACCGCGGGACCCCCCUGACCCCGCGCAGCGAUGAGGAGGACCCGCGAAGAGGUGGACGCGACCCUGCAGAUCGCCAAGCUGAACGCGGCCGAGCUGCUGCCCACCGUGCACUGCCUGGGCUUCGGCCCCGGGGCCAGCGCAGCCGCCGGCGACUUCUGCCUGCUCGAGUUGGAGCCCGCGCUGUGCCAGCAGCUUGAGGCAGGACACAGUCUUGUGAUUCGUGGUGAUAAGGAUGAGAAGGCCGUUCUGUGCAGUAAAGACAAAACAUAUGACUUGAAAAUAGCAGACACUUCCAAUAUGUUGCUUUUUAUUCCUGGUUGUAAAACUCCAGACCAGAUGAAGAUGGAAGGGACACACUGUAACAUUAUUCACACUGAGAUCUUUGGUUUUUCUAAUAAUUACUGGGAAUUAAGAAGAUGUAGACCUAAAUUAAAGAAGCUAAAGAAACUUUUGAUGGAAAAUACCUAUGAAGGACCUGACAGUCAAAAAGAAAAGGAUUCAAAUCACUCAAAAUAUACAACUGAAGAUUUGCUUAAUCUAAUUCAGGCAAGUGAGGAAGAAAUAAUGGCCCAGUUACAAGUUCUAAAUGCCUGUGAGAUUGGAGGUUAUUGGAGGAUUCUUGAAUUUGAUUAUGAGAUGAAACUUCUGAAUCACAUAACUCAGCUUGUGGAUUCUGAAUCUUGGUCUUUUAGUAAAGUUCCCUUGAAUACAUGCCUUCAGGAACUUGGACCAUUAGAGACAGAGGAAAUGAUCGGACACUGUCUUAAAUGUUAUGGAAAGAGAUAUACAGAGGAAGGUGAAGUUUAUUUUGAAUUGAGCGCAGAUAAAAUCUGCAGAGCUACAGCAGAAAUGCUACUUCAGAAUGCAGUGAAGUUCAAUCUCGCUGAGUUCCAAGAAGUGUGGCAACAGAGUGUUCCCGAAGGAGUGAUAACUAGGCUCGAUCAGCUUAAGGGUUUAGCCUUGGUGGAUAGACACUCAAGACCAGAAAUCAUAUUUUUGCUGAAAGUAGAUGAUUUGCCUGAGGAUAAUCAGGAACGUUUUAAUAGUCUCUUCUCUCUGAGGGAGAAGUGGACAGAAGAAGAUAUUGCUCCAUAUAUUGAAGAUUUGUGUGGAGAGAAGCAAACCAUUGGUGCAUUACUCACUAAAUAUUCUCGAUCUUCGAUUCAAAACGGUGUUAAAGUUUAUAACUCAAGAAGACCCAUUUCUUAAAAAGAACAACAGUCUUGUCUUUGCAA